AAAAUUCGGAGUUCUUGGUGCGGAAGACAAGCUAGAAGUGGCUAACGGCUAAAUGCUAACUAUGCUGUGCUACUCGCUGUUAGACGUUAUAACUGAAUCGUUUUUUGAAAAGCAUUAACAUCUUUCUCGCUGGGGAAGAGUUGGUCUUUCAGAAACGUUGGCUCUCCCGGUAAACUUGAUCACUGUGUAUAUGUGUGUGUCACCUUGGCUGUAGUCCUCAGUCUCCCUGGGUGUGGGUGACACUGGCUCCGAGCCAGUCCUCCUCCAUAGAUGAAGAUGUCCCUGGCCCAGCGAGUGCUCCUCUCCUGGAUCUUCGCCCUCGUCUUCCUCAUCAUGCUGGUCCUCAAGCUGGACUCUAACAUCCACUGGAACUGGUUUCUCAUCUUCCUCCCCGUGUGGACCUUUGACACCAUCCUCAUCCUCAUGCUGAUAGUGAAGAUGGCAGGGCGCUGCAAGCCAGACUUUGACCCCAGGGAUGGCGAGCAGAGCCUGAAGAGGAGGCUGUGGUACCUGACGGCCCUGCUGCUGAAGCUGGCCUUCUGUCUGACACUGUGCUCCCGCCUGGAGAGGCACACCGAAAUGUGGAUCAGUGUGGUGUGUGUCCCUCUGUGGGUGCUGCUGGGUGGGGCUCUGGUGGAGCUGGGACACAGUGUUUUCCACUACAGGAGGGACUGAACCAUUGGACUUGGGUGGGUUUUAAAAUGUAACGUAAGGGACAAAAACUCUUUACGUUCAAGCAUUUCUCACUAGGGAUGCACCAAUCUGAUCCACUGGAUUGGUAUCAAGGCCAACACUGACCUUAAUAAGUUGAUCAGGUGUGGGUCAGACAUGACAGAUCCACGUGACAUACAGCUUCUUUGUCAAUGUUAUAAUAUUCACUGUGUCUGCUAUGUGUUAGAUUUAAAUCACAGCAGGGUGCAGACUCAGUGACAUGGGGUAGAAAUCCCAGUGAACUCUUAGCUGAGUGGUUUACAGGUUUAUGGGGGAGAAGAGUGCUGGUAUUGGAUCAGGAAUCUGUAUUGGAAUUUUUGCGAAAGAAAAAGUCAAAAAUCUCAGCUAGUUGUGUGUCAUACUGUGAUAUCCUUGGAUCUUUAUUCAAAAUGAAGAUUUUUCCAUAUACUAGUCUGCAUAUUUUGGUAUCUUACAGGUUCAGUGUGUGGGAUAUAGGGGGAUAUAUUGGCAGAAACUAAAUAUAUCAUCACACAUCAUCUGUGUGUAUAAAUCAUUGUGUUCUUGUUACCUCAGAAUGAGCCGUUUAUAUCUACUGAGGGAGCACGUCCUCGUCAGAGAUCACCACAUUGCACCACCAUUUUCCCACCUUUGGCUAGAAUGGACAAACCAAAUACUGGCUCUAGAUGGGGCCAUUCGUGUUUUUGCAUCGUCCACCAUAGAUAGCAGCCCCUCUGCAAUAAGAGCGUCGGGAAAAAACAGAUUUUUUUUUUAGAGUGAAACUGCUUUAUUGAUUGUUUUUACUUGUUUUAAUCACCUAAUCUAUUUGUUUUGGAGAGGGGGAGACUCUGGAUAAUUCAGCUCAUAGUAAAAUCCUCCUGAACGUCUGGAUCAGAAAAAAGGUGAACACACAUCUGUGAUGUCUGUGACGUGCCGAACAGCGUAGGAAAUACAGUUUUUAACAUGAAACCACUUUAUUCAGUGUUUUUACCAGUUUAAAUCACUGGGUCUAUUGUUUUGAAGAGGAGGAGACCUCUGCGGAUAAUUCAGCUCCCAGUAAAAACUUCCUGAAUGUCUGGAUCCUGAAUUAUCGGACAAAAAAAGAUGAGCACACAUUAGCAGGUGCUGGGCUCGCGGUCCUUCUCCAACAUGCCAAACAGCAUAUGCAAACACUGAUUAUAACGAAAAACUGCUUCAUUUAGUAAUUUUGCCAGUUUUGAUCCCCGGUUCUGUUUGUAUUGAAGACGAGGAGACCUCUAAGGAUAAUUUGGCUCCCAAUUAAAAACCUCCUGAACAAUGGUCAGUGAAGGAAUUCUAACCAGGAGAACUAUGGGCUGGUUGCAAUCUGCAGUCCUCACCACUAGAUGCCACUAAAUCCCCCUAAAUUAUGCACACUGUUGCUUUAAUAAAAUGGCAAGCUGGGCUAGAGGGUACAAGUGUUUUUAUUUUAUAUAAUCUAGAUCUGUACUGCCUGGUCAGACUGGGUUUAAGUAAUGUAGCUAAGCAAAUGUAGACACACACGAUCUGCCAUUAUGAUCCAAUCACUUGCUACACU